AUGAAGAUGUUAUUCCUUGCAUCAAUUUUCAUUUCGAUUCUGGUUAUUGUGUAUGGAGACGAGUGUCCACUUUGCAAUGAAGGAAAUACUGAUGACUGGACCUGUACAUGUUCUGGGGGAAAACUUAAAGAUGAUUGUGGAGGUGCUGGACAAGGUAUUGGCGCUGUACUAUGUAUUGUACCACAAUAUUGUUGCAUACCUAAAUUCAACAAGUGUAUAAUAGCAUAA